UCAGGCAUUCAACAACAGUUAAACUGAUUGGUUUAGGGAUGAAGAGGAAAGACACAGAGAGACAUGAGAGACUGAGUCUGGGGUCUGACUGCUCUCUGAACAUCAGGAACAUCUCAACAGAAGAUUAUGGAUCUUACAUCUGUCAACAAUGGACUGUCUCAUCCUCACACACUGAGAUCAGUUCAGGUCUCUCUGUGACUCUCUUCUGUCAGCUGUAUUCAUAUCCUCGAGUCUCUUGUGAUGAUCCGGGUCGUUCUAAGAGAAUUCAUCUGUUCUGGGUGAAUCAGGCUGGUGUUAAAUCAGACUCCAGAUAUCAGAUAUCAUCCUCAUCAGAUCACUGUAUCAUCUCUCUGAAUAAAACACUCCUGAAUGAAGAUCACAACAGAGAGUGGAGAUGUGAAGUUACUCACAGAGAUCAAGUCAAGACCUCAGUCACAUACACUGUCAAGAGUUCAGAUCCAGGAGAAACUGAAGUCUGUUGUUCUGCUGGAUCAUUAUUCAGAGAGAUUUUGACCAUUCUUAAGACUGCAGUGUUUGCUGCUCCUACUGUGAUUCUUCUUCAGAUCAUCUGUGCAAGAAGAGCUGAUAGGAAGGACUCGCAGCAGCCAGCGGAAAUAGAAAUGAAUAUAAUAACAGAAUAAAAUACUCUAAAAAUAACAGCCCAGAUUACAGAAGAUAAUCUGGAUUUAUAUUCAUCUCAAUUAAUUUUAUGGAUAUUUUCAAACAGUUUUGAAGGAUCUUUUCCAGUGCUCCAUGCUGACCUGAAUACAUAAAAUAUAAUUUGAAAUCCUUACUUAUGAAAAUUAUAUGAAUGAUUGUCUUUCCACCUAAAUCAUGCUGCAACAUGUUUUU